CUUAAAGUUGCCUGACUUUUUUAAGAAUAAUGCGUGACGUGUUCGUGCGGUGUUCUCAUCCUUCCAAACCAUUUCCUUUGUGUGAAGUGAGCCAACGCUUCUUUAACUCGCAACAGCUACUUCGCACUACACAGCGUACACUUCUCAGAAAUGGGCUCUCAUACAGAAGAUUAUAAAAUCCCGUCAAUAAGCUAUGCCGAACUUUUUAAUGAUGACGAUAAUGUCAGGUGUCUGGCAACAACACAACUCGCACAAGCUCUAAAAGCCUAUGGAGCUUGCAGGAUUCGAGAUCAUGGUAUUUCACAGGAUAUCAUUGAUAAUUGCUUCGAGAAGAGUAGAUCAUUUUUUGAAAGACCUCUCGAAGAGAAAGUUGCAGAUUACGAGAACUCUGGCACAACGACCAAUUCACGGUUUGUUCCAUUUGCAAGUGAAAUAGUUCGAGGCGAACUACAUCUGGAUGAAACGUUGGAAUUUCAACAUAGUGUCUAUGAUCUUCCCGGAACUUGGUCUGAGCCGGGAAGACAACUAGUUGAGACUUCGAAGUAUCUGCACGAGGAAUGCAAUCGUGUCCACCUGAAUUUAUUGACCUGUUUGUCUUCAGCUAUGAAUCUUCCUCGGUCCUUGAGCUCUAUACACAGUGUACGAAAUUCAUUCUUCGCCCCCUAUUACUAUUGCUUCAAAGAUGAAGAAGACAAUAAUACCCUCCGUGUUCCUCCUCAUAUAGACCCUACGACCAUGCUAUUCUGCUUCCAAGACUCUCUUGCUGGUCUCGAAGUGGCUGACAUUAGCAAUGAAACGGGAAAUAUAUCCACCACAUCAGUCAAAAAGGUUGCUGACUUCAUUCCAACAACCUGUGAGCCGGGAGAAUUUAUUCUUUUGAUUGGCCACGUCCUGAGAAGGCUGGUUGGAGAGUUUAAGCACUCUGUACACCGGGUCAAGCGACCACCAGGCACGUCAGGUUUUCACUUAAAUUAUUGGACUGUUCCUGAUCUAGACACUCCUUGCGAUUUCGGCAAUAAAAAGGAGGAUGUAGCAGGGUAUCUAGCGAGAGUUUUCCCGGCAGCUCUUCGAAAUACAGUGCAUCAAGACAGAUGACCUUCGGCAGGGCUCUCGGUUGAGUAAGUUUGAUAUCGAAGGCUCGAGAUCAUUCUUGGUGGGAUGGAGGUCGAAGUUGGGUGCGGUAGGCAUCUUAUUGCUCGAGAGGCUGUGGGUCUAGUUUACGUGUGCGUUUAUUUGUUUACCUUGGGUGAGAGCACCUAGCGAUGUCCUCCGAUCGAAAAUGUAUUGACAUCGUAUUUGAAUUUUUCAAAAAACUCUUUUGUUACGAUUGUCAGUCUCUUCGAGAUAUCAUCUUAUCUAGAAUUUGCUGGGGAUAUUAACGUAGCACAAGUUGGUUGCCAAACAACUCAAAAAUAAAACAGCAGGAAAAAUCCAAAGUAUCGCUAAUAGCUUA